AUGGCCGGCGUGGAGGACUCAACACUGAGGAGAUGUGUCAGGUGGAGGGUCCCUCUGGGUGACCUUGACGCCGAGGACACAUGUCAACACGAGUACAUUCCCUUUGAGAAGUUGGAGCAAGCCACAUCUGAGGAUGCUGCCGAAGAUGCUGGGACGCUUCAAGUCCCAAAUCCAGCUCCACCAGCCAAGAAUAUAACUCCAAUCUUUGCCCCUCAAGGAAACACUGCUCCUUUGCCCGAGGCUUCCACUACUUUUGCCGACACCACGCUUGUUGCUCCAUCAGACGCCACUCCUGCCCCCACUAACGUUGUGCCUACUCCUCAAGGUGAAGUCUCCACUACUCAUGCCAAUGUUGCGCCUACUUCUCGUAGCGUCGACUCUUUCUCUGCCAGCAUUUAUGAGCUCUUCAAUGACGUGUGGGGUGGCAUCAGUGACGAUGUCACUGGUCCCCCAUAA